UUAGUCGAUAGUUUUCGAAUAAGUUUUGUUUUCCGAUGAAAGUCAAUGUGUUUUUAAUUUUUAUAUCUAUUUUCUACAUACUAUGUGACGUAGCAUGGACUACGAAACUGAAAAUGAUAUGUUAUUAUAAUACGUCGAGUAUCCUACGACCAGGCUAUGCCAGCUUCAAGACGUAUGACUUAGAGAACGCCCUGCCACUGUGUGACGUCAUAAUUUACGGUCAUAUUGGCAUACAAGCUAGAACAUUCAAACCGACUUCCCUACAUCACCAACAGCAUCAACAAUUUGCCUUGAUCAAGAAUUUAAAAAUGAAAUAUAAAAAUGUCAAAUUCAUAUUAAGUUUAGGUGGUGGCCAAGAUUCACGGAGAGAAAAUAAAUAUUUAAAAUUGCUGGAGUCUCCAAUGGCGAUCAAAGAAGAAUUUAUCAAAAAUAUCCUUAAAGUUUUGACUACAUAUAAAUUUGAUGGCUUCGAUUUGGCCUAUCCGUUACCUAAACAUUUUCGAAAUAACUCCAAAUCGACAAAUGGAAGCAAUUAUCGUUUCGAAAUGACGAAAUUAAUAAGAACUAUGAAAUCGAGAUUUCAUAAAGAUCAUCUCUCAUUAUCGUUGACCAUUAUGUCAAACACUAAUGUGGAUGCCUAUUACGAUAUGCCUGUCAUUGUGGAUAGUUUGGAUUUUAUUACAUUGGCAGCAUUUGACUACUCAAAUCCCCAAGAAACACCCAGCAAAGCCGAUUAUUUUGCUCCGCUCUACGCUCCGGAUAAACAUCACACUACAACCAAUGUCAACUUUACAGUACAACAAUGGUGGACGCAUCACAAAUUACCUUUCGAAAAAAUAAAUUUAGGUAUUGCGGUAUUUGCUCGCACCUGGAACACAACAAAACCACUUAAGGAUCCAAAAAUGCCCAUAACAAAGCUCUUAAAAGGUCCCGCCCCUGGUGGUUAUAAUACACGUACUACUGGCCUCUUGGCAUGGCCAGAAAUGUGUAAAAAACUCUCGAAAAUUACAAAUGUUUCGAAAAAAAAUUUCGGCAGUUUUGCAUAUCGCCCAGCCUCUCCGCCCAACAAACAGGGUCUUCUAAUAACAUAUGACGACUUGGAUAGCAUUCGCGAAAAGGUGAAGUUUGCCCAGGCGAAAAAACUGCAUGGAAUCGCUUUGUUUGACUUGAGCUAUGAUGAUGUUCGUGGUAAAUGCCGUGGUGAAAGAUAUGCAAUGUUGAAAGCUAUUAAAAAGUUAUUGAAUUGAAUUUUUCAUCAAUAAAUCAAUAGGACAAAUAUGACUAACAUUUACAUUUUAUAAUAAAUUUGACAUAAAAUUUA